AUGAGGUCUUCCACUCCCAUCGCUCACUGCUUCGCGGCCUUGGUCCUUUCAGGUCUCGCUACCGGAGCCACGAACGAAACCAGUGACUACCCACCUACAUAUCAACUGGGGAACAACACAGCCUUCAAUUCCGAGUUCAUUGUUGCGCUUCAAAACUCGUUGUCUGGCGGGGCAGACAUUGGCCCUGUCCUCGGUGCUGUCAAGAACAUCAAGCCUGGCGACUUUGACUCCUACCACAAGGAGUUCUACAAACUUGCCAACGCAACUAAAGCGCAGGCCGAGGAUCCUGAAAAUAACUACGACCCCAUCAACGUAAGGGACUCGUGGUUCUCCGCAUCUCAGUACUAUCGUCGAGCGGACGUCUACAUCCAUCGCAACUGGAGCGAACCACUCAUCAAGACCGUAUGGGAUGAACAAACUGCCGCUUUCGAUAAUGCCAUUGCUGCUUUACCGAUUCCAGGCAGGCGUGUACAGAUUCCCUCUCCCGAGGGCAAUCUGACAGUGGAAGCGAUCUGGUACUCUGCGUCUGAAGAUCCGUAUGCAAAGCUGCCCACGAUGAUCGUCGGCAAUGGCUUUGAUGCUGCGCAAGAGGACUCGUAUCACUACUACUGCGCAGCUGCUCUUGCACGAGGCUGGAACUGCAUCACCUACGAAGGUCCAGGUCAAAACACCGUACGCCGGACGCAAGAUCUGGGCUUUAUUCAUAACUGGGAGGUUGUAGCCACUCCUGUAGUGGAUUACGUUCUUUCAGCAAAGAAACAAGUUGUAGACGAGAGACGUCUUGUGCUGGCUGGCAACUCUAUGGGAGGCUAUCUCGCUGCUCGCGCUGCAGCUUUUGAACCACGCUUGUCGGCAGUCAUACUAGUCGGAGGCCUUUGGGACUUAUACGCUGGAUACACUUCUCAACUUCCAGCUGAUCUGCUUUCCAUAUAUGAAGCUGGCAACUACACGACGUUCGACGAGCAGGUCCUGUCCCUACGAGAUGUUGGACCUGAGGAUAUUGGCACCGAGGCUAUCUGGGGUCUGGAUUAUGGUCUCUGGGCGUUCAAGACUCACUCUCCAUCCGAAUUCUUUAAUCUUACGAAGCUAUACCGAAUCCAGGAUGUUGUUCAUCAGAUUCAGAUGCCAGUCUUUGUGGGAGACGCAGAGUUUGAAAACAUCUUCAGCGGCCAGGCGCAGAAGGUCAAAGACGCACUGGGCGAGAAAAGCACCUUCCAUCAAUUCAAAGGAGUUGCAGGGUAUCACUGCCAGUCAGGUGCGCAGCAAGAGCUAGCGCGUACGAUCUUUGCGUGGUUAAACAAGACUUUGGAGAUCGAGCUGCCAUAUUCUUAA